UUAUUGAUGUCCAUUUGUUUAACCAGUAAUUGCUAUAUAUACAACAAAACAUGGUCAACAACAAAAAGACAAUAAAAGACCUGCAGCAAGGUUUGCAAAAAUUUAAAGAAGAUGCAGUAAAAAAAGGAUGGGAAGAAGAUGAGGUGCAGGAAAAAAUCAGUGAAGUUUUUGAGAAUUUUCCUUGGUACAAAUUCAAUCCACCUAAAAGAUCCUUAAUGUCAAAAUUGGGAACAAUUUUCUUAUAUUCAUUUAUAAUCUACCUGGCGUAUAGUGCUGUACUGGAAAGAAAUCGCAGGUUAAAGAAACGAGUUGAUGAUUUUUUUUUUGAUAACCAAUACUCUUACCAACAGCAGAGAUUUCUACGAUUUCUUACAUUGCCACUCUUUAAACUGUAUGAUGUGUCUUUGUUUCAUAAUGAAGAAUGUUUGGUCAAAAAUCCCUUUGCAGCAAAAGUGGAGAUGAGCUGUGAUUUUUGUGAAGGCCUCGAUUCCAUUCCCACAUUACAUGUUGACAGUGUCGAUGUUAAAAGUAUGAUUCAGGGUGGUGAGCCAUUCAUAGUCCGAGAUGUUCCUGGUUAUUACGAUACAUCAAUAGGAUUUGCAGACUUUCAAAAUAUGUUUAAGAAAAAUGCGCAAGAGUUGGACGAUGCAAUUUGUAAAGUUCGGUUAACAAAGGCAUUUUACAAAGUUAGUGAUUACUUUCAAAUGACAAAAGAAGAAGUUUUGCAGAAAAAAAUAUCGAUUGGAUGGCGAAACUGUGGCACAUAUGGUACUCGUUUUUACAGAAAACUUGUUUCACGGCCCCCUUUCAUCUCCAAAGACUCUGAAGUAUUCUUAGAAAAAGAAGUCUAUAUCGUGCAAAAAAAUCAGAAUGUUUCUGUGCCAAUGAUGGAAGGUGAGGUAUAUUACAUCGCUCAACUACAAGGUGAAAGCAAAUUUGUGAUGAGUAUACCUUCCGAUUGUCAUUAUAACUGCACAAGUAAGCCAUUAGAAGCCACAAUAAAAAAAGGUGAACUAGCUGUGUUUACAAACGGAGCAUGGGUAACGUCAUUUAAAAGUACGUCUGAAGGGUUGUCGAUUGUUUACAUUUCUUCAUUCACAUAAAGAUAUAUGGUGUUCAAAUUUAUGAUGCUUAGUCUGAAUUUUACUUUGUUUCAUUAUAAUAGGGUGUGUAUUUGAUGGGGUGGUAUGUGUUUUAUUAGAUUAUUUUGAGCAUAAUACCCUAUAGCUUUAUAUAGUAGCAUUAAAACUGGAUUUUUCAAUGGUAAUAUGGAUACGUUUAGAAGGUUUAACCUUUUGUAUCAAAAUUUAAAUCUAACCGGAUUUUACAGUUAUUCAAAAUUUAAUUUUGGAACCUAAAGAAGCAGUUUAUAUUCUGGGGUGUUUAUUCAAGUGAAAAAUGAUAAUUGUUAAAAAAUAUUAUUUUGUCUGAAUUUAUAAACCAGGUUUGAUUUUCUUUGUCAGCAGGAACAUUUUUGUAUAAAAUCGUCAAUAAUCUACCUAGUUAAGUCGAGUGGCAUAUACAGUAUAUAAUACUACUAUAGUCCUAAUUCAGCAUAUUCAGUCAAAGUUUUGCUUCUUUUUAUAUGUAAAUCUAUUUUAUUGUCAAAUAUAAUUUUAUAAAAAAAUGAAUUACCAAAUCUUGACACUUUGUUGGUAUUUUUAGUUUACUUUAUUAUUAUAUGUGUAGUCCCAUUAGAAAUUUUGUUGUUGUUUUUUUAUUUAUUUUAUGUAAUUUUCGAUUAAUAUUUUGAUAGCGUUUUUUAAAUCUGAAAAAAUAAAGUUGAUUUGUGAAACAA